AUGGCGAUGGGAUUGAUGUGCGGACGCAGGGAGCUUGUGCGCCUGCUACGGCCCCAGCGUCAGUUCCACCGCGUCGCAGGGCUGUCGCACUGGCCCCGGCCGCCGCCGGACGCGGGGCUCCUGCUGCCCAGCGGGCGACCCCACCAUGGCCUGCUUGCAGCCAUCGGGCCGCGCUGCCUCAGCACCUCGGCGGUGGCGUUUGCAGAAAUCCAAGCUCAAGCUCCUCCUGUCAUUCCUGCAGCUCCGUUGCCCACCGCAGUACCUGAGGUGGCUUCUGGAGACACGACAGAUGUCAUCCAAGCCGCUGCUGAGCAGACCUUUGCUGAACUGGGCCUGGGCUCAUACACCCCAGUGGGACUGAUCCAAAACUUACUGGAAGCUAUGCAUGUUAACCUGGGCCUCCCCUGGUGGGGAGCCAUUGCUGCAUGCACAGUCCUUGCCCGCUGCCUGGUGUUUCCUCUCAUCGUGAAGGGCCAGCGAGAGGCAGCCAAGAUCCACAACCACUUGCCAGAGCUGCAGAAAUUUUCCAAUCGAAUGCGAGAGGCCCGGUUGACAGGGGACCACGCCGAGUUUUACAAGGCCUCCUCAGAGAUGAUGUUUUACCAGAAAAAGCAUGAUGUCAAACUCAUGAGACCUCUCAUUCUACCUCUGACGCAGGCCCCGAUCUUCAUCUCCUUCUUCAUUGCCUUGAGAGAAAUGGCCAACCUUCCUGUGCCCAGCCUGAAGACCGGGGGCCUUUGGUGGUUCCAAGAUCUCACGCUGUCCGACCCCACAUACAUAUUGCCAGUGGUAGUCACUGCUACAAUGUGGGGUGUCCUGGAGUUAGGUGCUGAGACAGGCAUGCAAAGUUCUGACAUUCAGUGGAUGAGAAAUUUUAUCCGCGUGAUGCCCCUGGCAGUCUUGCCUGUAACUAUCCACUUCCCCACGGCAGUGUUCGUGUAUUGGCUCUUCUCCAAUAUGUUUUCCCUGACCCAAGUGGCUUGCCUCCGUAUCCCAGCCGUACGCACUGUCCUGAAAAUUCCUCAGCGUGUCGUACACGACCCUAGCAAACUAGCUCCGCGGGAAGGCUUCUUUCAGAGCUUUAAGAGAGGCUGGAAGAAUGCUGAACUGACCCAUCAGCUACAGGAGCGUGAACGGCGCAUGCAGAAUCACCUGGAGCUAGCAGCCAGGGGUCCCUUACAGCAAACCUAUACCCACAACCCACUGCUCCAGAAUGAAAAGAAUCACCCACCCACCACCCCAGACAGCAGCAGCAGCAGCAAACCAAAGUCAAAGAGGCCCUGGCGAGACACUCUGGGCUGAAUUUUGUUCCCUGCUCAUAUUGGUAGGAAUUCUCCUCAGAGACUCAACUCAAAGCAAGCUGGGAUGCUGGGUCCUUGUCCCAGAGGUAGAAACUGAGAGAGAUGUGUCAGUGCUUCUCUUAAAGGUGGAUUCCACUACAGACUCUUGCACCACAGUGUCAGAGAGCACUUGGAAGCCAAGUGAUCUCAUCCACGAAAUAGUAAAGCUCUGUACCAUGUGCUGCUUGCUGAGAUUUAUUAAACGAUGAAAUCGAUUGUUUUAUCUUCCUAAG